AUUGUUUCACACUUGGGACGAUAUAGAUCAACUCUGAAGGACAUCACCUUCUCUUCGUAAACCAUGGAGGAUCCUCUCACUCUAUAUUCAUCACUCAACACCACCAGCCUCCCCACUGCUCUCCACAGUGCUGUUACUGACCUCGUGACCAACGCUACGGUCAAACCCUUCAGUGUGUUUCAUGGGUGUGAGGAGAAUGUGUCAGGGAUCCUCUUCGACCUGUCUGUUCAGACCUUCAACGUGUUCCUGGGACUCCCCGCUAACAUCUUAGUGUGCUUAUAUUUACAUAAUUCCAGGCCGUCCUCCUCAGACAUCUUCCUGGGCUGUCUGGCCUUCAUGGACGCUUACUUUGGCUUCAUGGUCCCCUUCAGCUAUCUGAACAUCUACUACUGGCACAGCAAGGAUGUCUGGUCCGCUCUCAUGUUCUCCUUCGGCGUCAAGGACACCAGCGGUCCUCUGUUCCUGUCCUGUAUCUGUUUGGAUCGGUUCGUGGCGGUCCUCUUCCCUCUAUCCUACGGCCAGCUGAAGGACACCAAGUACAGGGUGUCUCUCUCGGCGGUGGUCCUGGGGCUCACCUUCACCUACGCCUCCGCCAAGACCAUCGGGGGCCUGCACAACUUCGAGAAGGUCUUCACAGGGACGAUCCUGGCAACGUUUGGAUGGAUGGUGUUGUGUAACGGAGCCAUCCUGGUGGCCCUGAAGAGGUCUAGUGGCUCUGGGAAGGACGACAUGCACCCCAUGAAGAAGAAAGCCUUCAAGAUGGUGAAGUCGGUCCUGUCCAUCAUCGUGUUCAACUACUUGCCUCCGGUGGCUCUGUUCCCUUUUGAGGACCACUACCCUCCGGAUACGUUCCGCUGCCUGGUGCAGCCGGUGGGGUACGCCUUCGUUAACAUCAGCAGUAGUAUCCAGCCCAUCAUCUACCUCUCUAGACUGGAGAAGAUCCCUUUCCUUCCUGAGGCCUGGAGCAAGUGGGGCUCCUCCUCCUCCUCCAAGGUGAAGGGCAAGGAGGUGAAGGACAAGGAGGUGAAGGACAAGGAGGUGAAGGUGGAGACCAUCUCGCCUGCCUGA